AAAAACUUCACUGGCCUAAAACUGAGCUUUCUAAGAAAUCCAUCCUGAGUCCGCUAGAACACAAGCUGAACGUUCACAAUGAAAACAGCCUCCAGCACCCACCUCCUGGCAUCCUCAAGGACAUUUUCACCACAGGAACCAGCAGCUACAACGUCCUUCUGCAGAGCAAAGAGGAGAAGAAACACCACCCUCAGAAGCAGUCGUCUGCUCCCCACAAGAAGCCCCGGAAAGCCAGCAGGGGCGAGCCCCGCCGGCUCCCGGCCGCAGGGUGGUGCUGCACCACCAGCCAGCCCUCCCUCCUCAUCCCCAGCCCAGCACCCACCACCACCAAGCUCUCAGGCAGCCUUCCAGGCACGGGGGGCAGCCCGGGGCCGACUCCACACCCCAAAAGUAGGAAUAAGAAGCAUUGUAAUCUAGCAAAGCCAAAGCCCUCCCAGUCCACCAAAAGCCAUGGGAAGGAAGGUGAUGUGGCUGGCCAAAAACUCUGUUUGCUGACUGCAAUCAAGCCUUCCAACGUGGAGAAGGAGAAGAUGAAGUUCUUCAAGUCAGAUUUCACCUACAAUCCUCAGUUUGAAUAUGCAAACCCUGCUCUGCCAAACGUGCUGGCCAAGCACAGCCAUGCCUCUGACAGGUUUCUGAAGCAGUCCAUCAACAUCAUGGAGAGGACUCUGCAGAAGUAUGGGAGCUAUGAGAAGUUUGAGCAGGCCACUGGAGGCAGUUUGCUGAGCAAGAGUCGCAUCUGGAACCACGUCAGGAAGUACAUGGUGAAGGAAGGCUGCCUGGGGGAGAUCGUGGUGCAGCUGACAGAGGACCUGCUGUCCCGGGCCUCCAUGACGGUGGUGAACGGCCGCCCCACGCUCACCAUCAACGUCGGCACCGCGCGCGAGCACUGGCUGGAGGGGAUGCUGAGGCAUGAAAUAGGCACUCAUUAUUUUCGGGGUUUUAACAACAGCAGCCAGCCUUGGUGCAACUGGAACGGGCGCAGAAAGCACGGGCUGAAGCCAAUCAACCCCACAGAGGAGGGGCUGGCCAGCAUCCACAGCGUGCUGUUCCGCAGGGACCCUUUGCUCUGGAGAGCUGCCCUGCUCUACUACACAGUCUACCAGGCCAGCCAGAUGUCCUUCAGCCAGCUCUUCCAGGACCUGGGCAGGUUCGUGCAGGACCCCAACACCAGGUGGGAUUACUGCGUGCGAGCCAAGAGGGGCUGGACUGACACGUCACAGCCAGGCUGUUUCAACAAGGAUCAGGUGUACCUGGAUGGCAUCCUCCGAAUCCUGAGGCACAGGGAGUCCAUUGAUUUCCACCUGCUGACAGCCCUGGGAAAGGUCUCCUACGAGGACGUGGAGCGCCUGAAGGGACUGGCUGUGGUGGAGAACAUGAGGGUGCCACACUUCCUGCAGGACCACGCCCGCUACAUGGAGCACUUGGAAAAGAUCAUGGAAGUCAACGAGCUGACUGAUGAGGAGCUCCAGGAGCUCAUAAAUUAA